UACAGGCAUUAGUGUAUAUGUGUGUGCAGUCAUUUAUAGAUAAGAACAGUAAACAAUUUUUGAUCUUCGUCAAACAUUUUUUUUAUUUUUCGUACUGCAGUCAGCAAUAAGCGUUCUAUACGAUCAGUUCGAAUCACAAUAAAAGUAAUAAUUAUGGUCGGCACUCGUUCAUCGUUGUUUUAUCUACUCUGUUCGAUCCUGAUUCUUCCCCCCAGCGAUUCAAACGAGUUAACAGAUUUUGGACAUCAACUGCCGAAAAAUGACCACGAACUCGGAUCGGUUGUUAUGAAUAAUGUGGGUAAAGGCGAAGACGAAGAAGAAUAUCCGUUUCAAAAAGCAUACUAUUCGUAUAAAGUGCAAUCUAAUGAGUUGUUAAAAGAUGUACGCUUAGACCCGCCGAUCGACUACGUAACGCCAAAAGGAUACAGCUUGGUGUUGGAACCAAUUGUUCAUUUUUGUCAACGUGUGGACAAGAGUAUUAUCAAGAAAUUUUCUGCAUUCGGAUCAGAAGAGAAGGUGUACAUCAACGUCGAUGUCGAUUUGAGAGACCAAAUGACCAAUGACUCGACGAUUGUGUACAAACUUAAGGCGAUUAGAAAUGACGAUGACUUGACUACGAUAGGUGGUUCAACGACUGUACUCAUUAGAAUUGUUCAAUUUUUACCCAUGCCAGACACCGUUCUUGCGUUUGAAGAACCAAGUUAUUCCUUAAAGCUGUCUUAUGGCCAUAUAGGCAAAGUAUUUAAAUUUAAGACCAUACAAACCACACACAAAGCAAAAGAAAAAAAUUCGAAUAAUUUGGAUAGUUUGGAAUUUGAAAAACAACCGGAAAACGAUAAAUAUUUUUCAAAAAACGAAUACUCUUUCAAGGGAAAUUACACUUUGGAAUACGUACCUGAACAACUUCUAACGAAAUUGAGGAUUACUGAUGACGGUGAAUUGGAGGUCUUGGGAAAUAUCGACGAAGGGUACUACAGUUUCGACAUUGUAGCAGUCGACUAUGGUCCUAAUUCUACGACUGUUUUAAAAGACAGGUCAAAAGUGUACAUGUUUAUCGACAAUAUAGCGGCGUGUAAUUCGUACACGUCUAAAUUCAUCAGAGCAUUCAGUAAACACUAUAUAACCGAAGAGACUAAACUAAUAACUGCUGUUCCGGGCACCGAAUCGAGUGGUCAAUGUAGAUUUUCGAUAUCACAUCAAUAUCCAUUUGGUGUGGGAGCGGACUUCUUCACCAUCGAUAAGAAGACGGGUGCCGUUCACGUGAAAAGUCCCAUCGACCGGGAGGCAUACUCAUUUGAAGACAUGGAAGAACCGUCCGUGUUCCUGAAGCUAAAGAUCCACUGUCCUCCGUUGGAUGAUCCACCGGCCGCCCAGCCUCUGCACUUAUCCGACGUGGACCAAAUCGUCUACGACCCGACUACCACGUUGGUGCAAUUGGUCAUCGUGGAUACCAACGACAACGUGCCGACGUUCGCCGACAAGCAUAUAGUCGUCGGGUAUCCCGUGCAGGACGUGGCUAACAACAUUAUCCCCAAACAUCUCCUGCAGGUCAAGGCGACAGACAAGGACGCGGGAAAACACGGAAAAAUACAAUACUCGCUGAGAGGAAACGACGCUAAUGACUUUAUCAUUAACUCGGAAACCGGAACAAUAUACUGUGCGAGCCUGGUGGACGACAGCACUGUGAGCAAAUCGUUCGUGGUGGUGGCCAAGGACAACGAUGGCAAAUCCGACGGAAUGGAAUCCACGAUGGCCAUUACCGUGAAGUUCCUAACGUUCUCGGACAUCGUCCGGGUGAACGUCCACUUCAGCAUCACCGAAGACCACGCAGCCGUUGAAUCGCAGCUGUCCGAAAUAUCGGGCGUCAAAGUCAUGUCACUCACCAACGACGUUAUUAACACGUUCAUGGACGGACAAUGGCGCACCGACAGAAUGUUGACCGUGUACGGAGUGAACAACACGGACGGUUCGGUAGUGCCGGCGUCGGAAUUGGAAAGAAAUCUAGGACAGAACGACAAAAUUUUGGGUAUUACUCAAUUAUUCAAUAUGAGUGCCAAUAGUGAAACGAGCACCGUGAUGUCCUUAGUGUAUGCCGCCAUGUUUUUCCUGAUGCUUUCAAUGGUAGCUGUGGGUCUGUUAUAUUUUGGAUACGUCAAGAACGGACGUUACUUGUCGUGUAUUUCGAGUCCGUCUACGACGCCGCUGAAAGACGAUAUCGAAAACAUGAGUCAGAGUAACUGGAUUACUACUUUCAACAGAACCAACCUGACGUCCAAUAGAGUGCGAUUCCCGGGAAAUAUCAACUCCGAGGCGGUGCCAUGUAGAUCCAAAAUCGCGGACAACGCCACCGUGAUCGUGGAGAACAGCCUGUACGAGGCCAUACCGCCGAAAGCAACCUGCACCGCCGCCGUCCUGGCCGUGAAUAAUAAUUCGACUAAUUCGAUAAUUAAACUUGAUUCUAAGGUAUCCUUCGAAGACGACUUGAUAAAAUUAGAAAAAAUGGAUGAGGCGUUUUCGCCCACGGACGACAUGUCUUUUAACUAUUGAGUAUCGACUGCCCGCCAUGGUAAAAAAUCACUAUAGACGUUCGAUAUCGGUUCCGGUUUGACGUUACGUUUUUUUAUCCGGAUAGCACACUUCGCACACAUAUUUCUAUACACCUAUAAUACCUAUUACCUAUAAUAUAUAUAUACAAUACCUUCUGUUAAUAUGAUAAUUGUAUAUUAUGUUUAAAACACGUUUACGAGACCUUACAAUACUUUUAUAAUAUGUUUGCACAUGUUUUAGUCGUUCAAGAGUCACCUUGAUUAUUGAUUAGUCCUUGCCCAAUACAAUAUUUUAUAUUUAUAUUAUAUAAUCGGAAGCUCAUUCAAUUUUAUUAAGCUAUAAGCGUAUAAUAUCGAUGGCGUUAAAAACCGUUACACUUUUCUGCAAAUAGGAGUGGUAAUUUUUUUUUCGAUGAUAUUACUAUUAUAUGAACCUGUUAUUAAAUUCAACGAUUCGCCAAUUUCAAAAGCGCUUACCGAUCACCUUGUAACACAUAUUUUAUAAUACCGAUGAGGAAUUUAAUUAAGAUAAUAGCCCGGCGUAUACACAAACACUGGUAAUAUCAUUUAAUGUACAUGUAUGAGUGUGUGUGUUUCAGUGUUUGUGUGUGCAUGUGCAUAGAUCAAUUUUUAAUUAUGAUUAGUUGUGUAAUUUUGAAAUGUCGAUUUAUACCAUGAAAAAAAUCUGCUGCUCGUGGCUUGCUUUAGGGUCAAAACGUGCUCGGCUAUACUUGCAUUGUUGGCAGAAAUUAAUCUAUAUUAAAAUCCUAUUAUCAAAACGAUAAACUUGAGAACAAGCUAGUCAAAUCUAUUAAAUGUAUUGUACUGUUUUGUAUAAUCCAUUUAAGGAAUGUAUCAUUCAACUGAGACUCGAUGGCACAAUAUUUCGUGUUGUAAAACUAAACAUUAAAAUGUCUUAUUUUUUUCAAAACUGUAAGUAAACUAUUUUAUAAUAAAACUAUAUUGAUUUUGUGGAAGCUCAAUAAUAUUUUAUUCAUAUCGUCUACCAUUAACAUUUUCAAAUAUAAUCAUACUACAAAUGUUUUUUACUUUCAUAUUUUAUUUUAUACUUUAAUGUUGGUGCCAUAAUUAAUUUCAAAUAUAUAUUCUUAUGCAUAAAGCGUCAUACAUAAUAAUUAAUUUUAUAUCGAUCUCAAUUAUAUUAUGUGUUCACAAAAUGACUAUCAACAAAAUAUGUUAAAAGUUCCUUAAGUGUAACUUUAUUUUGAAAUGACGUGUAGUUAUUAUACCUAGUUAGUUGUUUUUUUUUUUAUUAUUUUAAAUAAGUCAGUAAGUCAAUUAUAUAAAAACCAUAGGCAUCAUUUUUGAUUGGAAAACUUUCAUUUUCAAUAAAUGUAUUCAAUUCGUAUACCUACUAACAAAAUGUCUUACACUGAAAAACACUUGAAAAACUAACAUUCACCAUUUAUGUGAGCACUAAUCAUUUUAAAGGGUAUUUCCUAUGUUAUUGUAGUUAUUAUUUUAUUUAAUGUUUAUACUUUAUAUAAUAUGCAGGAAUAUAAUUAAUAUUUUCUUAUACACAUCUAUCGAUAGUUAUAAUAUUUAUAUAAUAGAAUAGGUGUACAUUAUAUUUUUUAGUAUACAUUUAAGAUUUUAUUUUUAUACUUUAGUAAACAUAAUAUAAAUAAUUGUAAUAACAGCUGAAUGAGAACAAAUGUAAAAUAAUAUUUACCUAUUAUAAAUUGUGUAUGUAUAUAAAAAUGUUUAAAUAAACACGUAAAUCGUAAUACAGUUUAUAUCAUA